CGUGCGGAUUAAUGUCACCAGCGUGUGACGUAGCGGGCCAAGGGCUGGGUUUAGAGAACGCUCUUAUACUACAAACUAGGUGAAACGAGAAGACCGUCGUUUCUACAUCAAGCGCUUACAGAACAGCUGCUCUGCCUCUUACAAUUUGUGGCUGUCUGACGUAGCCGCAAUUAUGUCAUACGGGAGGGCAGACAGCUACCGCUCGCAACCAAGGGAUUUCAACAACCUCAUUCAAACAUGCAGCACCAACAUCCAGAAAAUCACCCAGAACACUGGCCAGAUGAAAUCCAUCUUGUACCAGCUGGGGACGAGACAGGACACACCUGAGCUUCAGGAGAGGCUUCAGCAGGUGCAGCAUUACACAAACCAGCUGGCUAAAGAGACAAACCGACACCUGAAGGACCUGGGAUCUCUCCCCCCUCCCCACUCGCCUUCAGAGCAGCGUCAGCAGAAGAUCCAAAAGGACCGCCUGAUGAAUGACUUCUCAGCUGCACUCAACAACUUCCAGGUGGUGCAACGACGUGCUGCUGAGAAGGAGAGGGAGUCAGUGGCCAGAGUGCGUGCUGGGACCCACCUAACGGAGGAAGAUGGACUUCGAACACCAGAUGAGCAACUUGUGACAUUUGAGAGUAAUGAAGAGAGGAGUCAGCUCCAGACCCAGGCAGAUGAGCUGCCCAUCACAGAGGAGGAUCUAGAGGAUAUCAGAGAAAGAGAGACCAACAUCAAACAGCUGGAGUCAGACAUAAUGGACGUGAACCAGAUUUUUAAAGACCUGGCGGUGAUGAUCCAUGACCAGGGGGACAUGAUAGACAGCAUCGAGGCGAAUGUGGAGAGUGCAGAGACACAUGUAGACAGAGGCGCUGAACAGCUCCAGCGGGCUGCUUAUUAUCAGAGAAAGGCCCGGAAGAGAAAGUGCAUCCUGGUCAUCAUUCUGGUCUUGGUUUUGACCAUACUGGGCAUCAUCCUCUGGCAAGCGUCCAAAUAAAACACACACUCAUGCUGAGAGCACACGGGGGGGAGGGGGAGGGGGGGUGACAUGGCAGACUAUGA